AUGGAGGCUGAGGAGCCACCUGAGGCCAGGAGAUGCUGCCCCGAGACCCUGGGGAAGGCCAAGGGAUACUGUCCUGAAGCCCUGGGCAAGCUUCUGCCCGGCCUCUGCUUCCUUUGCUGCCUGGUGACCUAUGCGCUGGUGGGUGCUGCUCUCUUCUCUGCUGUCGAGGGCCGCCCUGACCCUGAAGCAGAGGAAAACCCUGAGUUGAAGAAGUUCCUGGACGAUCUGUGCAACAUCCUGAAAUGUAACCUGACAGUGGUUGAAGGUAGCAGGAAGGACCUGUGUGCUCAUCUGCAGCAGCUCAAACCUCAGUGGUUCAAGGCUCCAGAGGAUUGGUCCUUCCUGAGUGCUCUCUUCUUCUGCUGCACAGUGUUCAGCACAGUGGGUUAUGGCCACAUGUACCCUGUCACCAGGCUCGGUAAGUUCCUGUGCAUGCUGUAUGCGCUCUUUGGAAUCCCUCUAAUGUUCCUGGUCCUCACAGACAUAGGGGACAUCCUGGCCACCAUCUUAUCCAGGGCUUACAGUCGGUUCCAGGGUCUCCUUUGCCUCCCCCACGAUAUCUCCAAGUGGUGCUCCUUCUCGCUGUGCCGGAAGCAGCCUGACAGUAAACCCGCGGACGAAGCCAUUCCUCAGAUUGUCAUUGAUGGCGAGGAUCUCCUAGACCCGCAGCUCAGCAGGGAGCCCACGUCUCCGAGCUGCAAAGUGGAGCUGUUUGAGAGAUUAGUUGCCCGAGAGAAACAGAACAAGCUACAACCACCCACGCGGCCCGUGGAGAGGAGCAACUCGUGUCCCGAGCUAGUGCUGGGGCGACUGUCCUGUUCUAUUCUAAGCAACCUGGAUGAAGUGGGCCAGCAGGUUGAGAGGUUGGACAUCCCUCUUCCCGUCAUCGCCCUGGUCAUCUUUGCGUACAUCUCCUGUGCCGCUGCUAUCCUCCCCUUCUGGGAGACCGAACUAGGCUUUGAAGAUGCUUUCUAUUUCUGCUUUGUGACACUGACCACAAUAGGGUUCGGGGACAUCACGCUGGUGCACCCUCAUUUCUUCCUCUUCUUCUCUAUCUACAUCAUUGUGGGAAUGGAGAUCCUGUUCAUUGCCUUCAAACUGAUGCAGAACCGGCUCCUGCACACCUACAAAACCCUCAUGCUGUUUGUUUGCCAAAGGGAAGUUUCGCUACCUUGCUAA